CUAAAACUAGCGGAAAGGCGAUUCCGCUCGGAAUCCAUAAUAGCAUAAACGCACGAGCAGAAUUUCAAUCGGAAACUCGCCAGUCGGAAUCUCGCGUUUCCGAGCGGAAUCGUAAAAAGUUCUAUAAUAGGUACUUUGGUCUCAUCGAUAACUUCGGAAGGAACUAUAUAAUCUGUUUGUCUGUUUAGAUGCGCAGUUAACGAGUUGUAUGAUCGUGUUGAAAUUAUAGCUUUCACAACGGCUUUUCCAACAGUUUUGAAGGCGUAUCUGAUCCACGAACUUGCUCGCCGGGCUGUUCCAGCCCAGGGGAGCAAAGAAAUGUCAAUACGGACGGCAGUUCAUAGACUUGUGCAAAAUGGUCGGAUCGUCCUACGCUCAUUGCAAAAUAAGCCCUAUUCGAACGGAUACGUAUAUAAACGUCUCAACAAGAUACACGUUGCGCAGGCGAGUGAGUCCCAAAAUAGCCUUCUUUGCCAGAAUAGUGGCAAUGUAUCAAGCACAAGCAGGCAUCUUGGUUAUUUGGGAACACAUGCACGACGUAUUUUUGUCGAUAACAUCUUAAAGAGAGUAACAAAUAGUCUUGCAGCUGAUUUACGAAGACGUGCAGCAAGCAGACUUGUAUUUGGUGAUUCUGCGCCAUUUUUUGCUCUUGUCGGUGUGUCAUUAGCAUCAGGCACUGGUAUAUUAACCAAAGAUAAUGAGCUGGAUGGAGUAUGUUGGGAAAUUCGAGAAGCAGUUUCUAAAUUACGUUGGAAUAUGCCACAAAAUGACAAGAAUUAUAAAAUUAUCUCAAAUGAAGAAAAUACUGUGACUUUACAAAACUUUGUGAUUGGACCCAUCAUUGCUAAAGGUUGUUCUGCAGCUGUCUACGCAGCAAGAUUUGUAGACGCUAAGGUGGAGAAAAAUAGCAAUUCAAUCAAUAUUGAUACUGAAGCAAAAGACAAAAAUACAUUCCCAUUUGCUAUUAAAAUGAUGUUCAAUUAUAAUACAGAAUCUAAUGCUGCUGCUAUUUUGAGGGCCAUGUAUAGGGAGACAGUACCUUCUAAAAAUUGUUGUAUAAGUAACAACAUAACUCAUUGGGAACGAAAAUUAAUAGAAAAUAAAACAAUAUUACCAUCUCAUCCAAAUAUUGUGGCUAUGUAUAAUGUUUUUGCUGAUAAAAUACCAAUAUUACCUGAUUCUUGGGGCAUGUAUCCUGAUGCUUUACCAACUAGAAUCAAUCCUCAUGGAUCAGGCAGGAAUAUGAGUUUAUUUUUGUUAAUGAAAAGAUAUGAUGUUACAUUGAAACAAUAUUUGGUAAGUCGAAAGGUUGAUAUGCGUGUAUCAAUAUUGUUACUUGCUCAGCUAUUGGAAGCGAUAGCUCAUAUGAAUGUGAAUGGCAUAGUGCAUCGAGAUCUGAAAAGUGACAAUAUUUUACUCGAUUUAUCGGAAGAAACUGAUAAUUGCCCAUCUCUGGUUGUAACGGAUUUUGGCUGCUGUUUGGCUGAUAAGGAUUAUGGACUAUAUUUGCCUUAUAACACUCAUGAUAUCGAUAAAGGUGGCAAUGUUGCAUUAAUGGCACCGGAAGUAAUAACAGCAAUACCGGGACCUUUCACUAAAAUAAAUUACACAAAAGCUGAUUUAUGGACAGUGGGCACCAUAGCAUACGAGAUAUUUGGCACCAAAAACCCAUUCUAUAGUGAAAAUGGUGAAGAAGUUUUAAAAAAUUAUAGUUAUACCGAAAGUGAACUUCCUAUGUUACCUGAGAAUAUGCCACCUAUUAUUAAUGCCGUUAUAAAAAAUGCAUUGUCAAGAAGUUUAUAUAAGCGACUUGAUACACAACUUGCGGCGACCAUAAUGCAACUUUAUCUAUGGGCACCUAGUUCGUGGCUAAAAAAUGUGGUUCAAUUACCAACUAGCAAUGAGAUUAUGCAAUGGCUUUUGUGUUUGACUACAAAGAUUCUUUGUGAAGGACGAAGUGCAGAUUUUUCUUCAUCACAUGGGUUACUCAGCAAUUCAGAAUAUAUUGAUGAAAGUAAUACAUAUAAACAAAUGAAUUCAACACAUCCUUAUGGAAGACGCACAAUGCCAGAAUAUCAAUUAAUUGCUAGCUUUCUUAGCAGGAUAACACUUGGUAAUAUUAGAAACGCAUUAAAAUGGAUAAAACAAAAUGUAUAA